UUUUUGUCCAUUACUGCCUCGGUGGCAUCGCGUACGUACCAACUCGGGCGCCUGCAGCAACUCUUGCAGAAACGCACCAGCCGCAAAGCCGUGGGAGCUCCGCAUUCCGUGGGUGGUCGCAAAGAUUACGAGGGCAGCCGCAAUCAUGGAGAAAAUUAAACAAGCCGAAAAGCUUUCCAUUUUCGGACUCAAGGCCUUCAGAACGCACAAGGAGGUGAUCCCUCUUGUCGCGAUCAUCUCAGUGGCCACCAUCGGCUGCAUGGGGUUCAGCUUGUACACGAUGAUGAAACCGGAUGUACAGUGCAGCAGAAAAGACCAGAUCCCGUCCUGGAUGCGAUACAAAGCCGACAAGACACAAAAGCUCUACACAUCGGAAAAAGACUGGAAGCUUGACGAACGGACCGUCGAACUGGAGAAACUGCGCAAGGAGAUCGGAUCCACGCGCUGAGCCUUUCGAGAGUCUAAGUUCAUGCUCGCGAGCCUGGUGCCAUUUUCGUGCUCGUGUUACCUUGUGUAGAUUGUGACUUGAGGCAAUCUGCCGAUUUGUGAUGAGGAACAAAAAAUUUUCACGGGCUUCUGCCUAGUGCCAGUUCACUACGAAAACAGUAAACACAACUUAGAAAUUGCUGA